AUGAGGAUCAAGACCCGAGAACUCGAGCUCUCCAAAGCCCUCGACGAAGUGUUCCUGCGACUGUCGCUCAUCAGCCUGCGUAUCUUCCAGCUCGUCAUCUCCAUCCCAAUCAUCGGCUUCGUGGCUGCGAUCAUCGGUGGACUAUCCAAUGCCGACGUCGGUGUGCCGUCCAAGGCCUCGGCCGCUAUUGCGAUCGCCUGCGUCAGCACCGUCUACACUGGCUUGACCGUGCUGCCCAUAUUCUUCGAAGGGCCCCUGUACUUUACCGUCAUGGCGUUGCUUGACGCCGGCAUGGUGGCAGCUUGGAGCAGUCUGAUUGGAGUCUGGGACCAUGAUGGGACCGGCACCUGCACUGCUCUGGAGAGCAAGUACUUUGGUGACCUGGCGCGGAGGUCUUACUUCAGGACCGACUGCAGGCUGGUCAAGGCCAUGUUUGCCUUUAUGAUCAUCAAUCUGUGA